CCCCAUUUCCGGUUCAAACUCCAAACCCUAAACUAACCAGACAUCCUCUUCCCGGCAGACACAUCGUCCUACACGACACGAACAUAGAACCUUAACCUCAAACCCUAAUUUGAUUAUUUCCGAAUUAUAUUGAAUCUAUACACAUACAUAUUAAUUUUUGAUGCCGAUAAGCGAUGCCGCCCAAGCAGCAAUCAAAAGCUGAUGUAGCUAAGAAGCAGAAGCUUGUAGAGGACAAAACCUUCGGUCUCAAGAACAAAAACAAGAGCAAAAAUGUCCAGAAAUAUGUCCAGAGCCUCAAGCAAAACGUGCAGCCCAAGCCCGAUCCUUCCAAAGUCGAUGCCAAGAAAAAGAAGGAGGAAGAGAAGGCCAAGGAGAAGGAGCUAAAUGAUUUGUUCAAAGUUGCUGUUAGUCAGCCUAAAGUGCCAGUUGGUGUUGAUCCUAAGUCCAUAUUGUGUGAGUUUUUUAAAGCUGGGCAGUGUGCAAAGGGCUUCAAAUGCAAGUUCUCACAUGAUUUGAAUGUUCAGAGGAAAGGGGAAAAGAUUGACAUUUACAGUGAUAAGCGAGACGAGGAAACAAUGGAGGAUUGGGAUCAAGAGACCUUGGAGAAGGUGGUGGAGUCAAAGAAAACCGAGUAUAAUCAGAACAAACCAACUGACAUUGUCUGUAAAUUCUUUUUGGAAGCGGUGGAGAAGAAGCAAUAUGGUUGGUUUUGGGUCUGCCCCAACGCUGGUAAGAAUUGCCACUAUAGACAUGCACUUCCACCUGGAUAUGUUUUGAAAUCUCAAAUGAAGGCUUUGUUAGAGGAAGAAACUGAAAAAAUAUCAAUUGAAGAGGAGAUUGAAAAUCAGCGUGCCAAAGUGACAACUACAACUUCUAUGACUCCUGAGUUAUUCUUUCAAUGGAAGAAUAAGAAGAUAGAAGAGAGAGAUGCCAAUUUGGCUGCACAACAGGCAGAGAGGGCUAAGAAUGACCGCAUGAGUGGUCGGGAGCUAUUCUUGUCAGAUGCUAGCUGGUUUGUGGAUGAUGCUGAAGCAUAUGACAAGUACCAGAGAGAAACGGAAUCUGAUGAUACUGAACAGAGGGCGAAUGGAAAUGCUGCUGAAGAUGGUCCCAGCUCCUCAGCAACAGCUGGUGUUGAUGCUGAAGUUCCUGAUGACGUUGAUGACGAUGAUGAUGAUGAAUUGGACAUGGAUGAGUUGAAUGAAUUAGAAGCAAGCUUAUCAAAGACAUCAAUCCAAAUUAAGGAAACAGGAGCUGAAGCUUAAUUCUGAGAAUUAGUUGUAACCUUCAUGUGAAAUAUGCCUCUGCUGAACAAUAGAGCAUUUGUUUGUAGCCGGUCACUCCUUGCUUUCAAGGAUGUUUUUUGAAUGAAGCAUUUGAUGAUAAUGAAAUUAUCAUUCGCAGCAUCGCAUUUGGUAUGAACUAUGGCUGUUUGGUAUAAUCCGGUUUUCUGCAGUUAGGUCUCUCAUUGGACCUUCAACAGACGUUUUUGUUGUUUGGGCACGGGUAGUCUUGUUUUGUACCUUAUUUUGUUCAUGAGUUUGUCUAUUUCGCAAACCGGUUUUUGAUAUUGCUUUUAUGCUUGUGAUUUUCUUGAAACCAUCAAAGCAUAAAGUGGUCUUUGUUAUGUUAUGGAUGUUAUAGCUAGAUAUCAUUAGGGUAUGCUUCUGAGUUAGGAGGGGGAGGAAUUUAAAGAAAAUGAAUGGG